AUGGCAAAUUCAAAAAACAUUGAUAGAAAGGAACAAGAAUACUUACAUUGUUCUUGGAUGAGUCUUCAGCAUGAAGAACUCACCGAACUCGAACAUGCUGUAGCUCAGGCCAAAAACGGCCUAAAAGAUGAACACGAACUCAGACAACUCAUCCAAAAAAUUGUAAACCACUUCCAAGACUACACUAACAACCGUACCCUCCUAGCCCGAAAUGACGUGUCACCAUUCUUCGCACCCGCCACCUGUACCACAUUGGAGAACUCGGUCCUAUGGAUCGCUGGCUGCAGACCCUCUUCAUUCAUCCGUUUUACAUACGCCCUGAGCGGUAUGGAUGUUGAAUCCCAUAUUAUUGACUUCCUUGAGGGGAAAAGAAUCGGUGGUCACCUUGGCGAGCUAACGGGGAAACAAAUGAGCAUGAUUGACGAGUUGCAUGGCAAGACUAUUCGAGAAGAGAGGAAGCUAUCGACAAAAUUGGCUAGCUUGCAAGAGGACAUAGUUGACCAGCCACUAGUAGAAAAGAUGAAGAAAAAGGGAGGUGGUGAAAAUGAUGAUGAGUAUGAGAAUGCAGAUGAAGCUUUAGAAGAACAUAGUCAGUUAAUGGCGGGUGUAAUGGAAGAAGCUGAUGAGCUGAGAAUGAAGACGUUGAAGGAAAUAGUGAACAUACUUGAACCGGUUCAGGCGGUGGAAUACUUAGCUGCAGCUAAGAGGAUUAGGUUUUGUGUGCAACAAUGGGGCAAGAAGAGGGAUCACGAGCAUAGCGAUUAAUAACUUCGGCUAGAAUUUUGGAUAAUGUUCCUGGUUUGAUGAAGUUUUUGUUUUGCAUGUAGCAGUCUGCUUUGUUUCUUUAUGUCAGUAGUAAGUCCUAAGUCCUAAGCUUUUGACCGAAAAUAAGCCGUUACUUAAACCAAUUCACCAUAAUAAUAAGUUUUUAAUUUGUUUUUACAAAAUUAGGAUAAACGUAUUCCGCAAUAACAUAUUAGGUAUUAUUUUAUUUAAAAAAUUUAAUGGGCAAAAAAGUCAGUGGUUGACGGCGUUAAAGGAUAAUUCGUACUUGUGAGUAACGUUUUACCCUUAAUACGUAACUAUGAGUAACGACUGUAAAAAUAUUUUUAAAUCGUAAUUUAGAGUUACGACUUCAGGCUAAAACGUAACUGACAGUAACGUUUCUACCUAAUCCAGAUAGACAAUCGAAUCUUG